AUGGGAAAAUCAGUUUCGUCUGAAUUUGCUCGCUUCAUCAAUUCCCCCAACCGUGGGCCGCGCCGCCCCGCCCAUCCGAGACCCGUAUCCAAAACCCGAUCCCAAUCCUCGGCCCAACCCGCCGUGUCGAGACCCGAAUCCCACCAUCUCAGGCUGACCACACGGCCGACGAGGGUGGCGGAGAGCUCGGAGGCGCAGCGGCGGACGCCGCUGGCGGAGGUGGUGGCGGAUUGUGCCCAGCGCUGGUUCCAAGACACGCUCAAGCAGGCCAAGAAUGGCGACACGGCCAUGCAAGUGCUUGUGGGCCAGAUGUACUACGGCGGGUAUGGGGUCGCCAGAGAUACCAAAGCGGCAAAAGCAUGGAUUAACAGGGCCACAGGGAGUAGUGCUUCUGCGUGGAAAGUAGGCGAUAAGCAUCCCGGUUGUAAUUCAAGUGAUUCAGAUUCUGAUAAUGCAAAGGAAGCUGAAUAAGAUGAGGUGUGCUUUUACAUUGCAAAUGGAAACAUAAGCAACCAGAAAAAUGAAAGUGGUGCUAGCCUGGUUUUUAUGCACUCGUGCGUGUGCCUCUUUGAAACCGUCAUUGUGUUUUCGAACAGCAAAUAUUCCCUUCUGUUUAGGGCAUUUUCUUCUUUACUGUCUUUUUCUGAUACUUCACUUGGACAUAUAUUUGUUCUAUUUGAUGUUUUUUGGCAACAGAUAUGUAUAUGCAGCUUGUACUGUGAUACAUAUGAUAUGAUGACAAAAACUAUGUAUACAUAAUUUUCACACCUCACAACUUUUAAUAUUGAAAUAAUUUCACGCCAAAUUUUCCAUUACACCAUUUACCACAAUACAAUAUAGUUACAUAGACAAAUCCUAAUAAAUAGUUAUGAAAAUGCUUGGAGCUAUCGGCCUUCACGCCUGUCCUUUCUCCAUUCCCAUGGCAUCUCAGGGUUUGAUGAUGCCCACAAACCGACCCGCUUGGCUCGAGCCUCUUUCUCCCACUACAUUUACCGACUCUGCACGUUGGUCAUAAGCUUUAUAGUGCCAAGCCAUGCCCUUCUUGAGCAUCGACUCCUGAACAAACAUGCCGUUGCAAUAUAUAUCUCCUACACAUCGACCAUAUCGGUCUUCAUCAAACACCAGAACUUUUAAGCACUUAUUCUGAACAAUUUUAGCCAAUUCUUCCUUUGCCUGCUUCCCAAACGGCAUUUUGGUCUCCGGCGCAUCAAUCCCCCUAA